AUGCAGGUAGCAGAAAUACUAUCUGAUAUCACGUCACUACGGGUUUGCGUAAGUCUCUUGUUCUCCAAGGCUGAUGAGAUCUCCCCUGAUUCCACAAGGGAUUGCCCCUCCACGCGCCGAUCCCUUGUCAGCUCGAGCCACCUAAAGGCUAACACUGCCCAGGGCCAGAACGAAGCCCUCUCCCUAGUGAAUGCACACAAAUCCGUCACCGGAACAAGCGAUACCGCUACAAAUAGCCCAGUCGUAAAUCUCUCCGAUGAAGCGCCCGGAACCCAACCCAACAAAAAACAUGAAGAUUUGCAACGAGCCAAAGAACUGGUCAAGCUGCAUUACGAAUUCAAAUCAAGACACUCCAACGGUGAGGUGGAUGAUGCAUUACGAAAGGCACGCGAGGAUGUGGAGCUGGUCCUGAGCGAGCUAGAGUGA